UAAUAAAUUAACUUUGACAAUAGUGAGAUAAUGUAAGUAUUAACAUAUUUUUAAAAGGUUAUAAUCUAUAGCUUAAGUUUAUGAUUUUGAAAAAUGUGAUGAUUGCUGUCGUGUUCUCUUCGUUGAGUGCUUGGUGAAGUGUGAGAGGGUUGUUGAGGAUUUUGCGGGCUUCAGUGUAUUUGUGACAGUUAAUAACAAUGUGUUCUAUUGUUAUUGUCUCAUUGCAUGUGUUACAUAUUGGUGCUGGUUCUUUUGUGAUUUUAAUUCGGGUAAUGUUUACUUACUCUCUUCUCUUGAUGUUGGGAGGAUAUUUUAGUUUUUGGACGAACAGUUUUAUAUUUCUAAGUUUGUUGGAGAGAUGGAGGUUUGUAUGCCAGAAUUAUACCAUCGUGUUCAAUAAAAAUAUAUGAAAACAAAGCGAGUCCGUUAGAAAAUAAAAUAAAUUAAUAUGUGUGUAGCUAGUUUACCUCUAUUCGCGUAUCUAUGGAAAUAUAUUCAGCGAUAUUCAUAAUAUUGAUAUUAACUGUACUCGUUUAUUCAGCAGUAUUAUUUAAAAAAAAUCCUUGUUGAUUAAGUGUAAACGAACUUUAUUAUUUCUAUCGACUUGGACGGAAAACUAACAGAAUGUCCGCAGCUACAGCUAACGGUGAUUGCGAAUUGAUAGACGUGAAGGCCGUGUUGACGAAAUCGUUGAGCGAAUCAUGGAUAGACUAUCGGCGCAGACUGGUCAAUCGCGUCAACGGUUUGUUUUACCACGAAAAGUGGAAUUUUUUACUGGUUUUUACGAUCGUUAUCCUAUCGGCGUUUCUUUACCUGGUGGUCUACCACGGAUGGUUCUCUAGCGCGUUAGUGGGAUUCGUGUAUCCGGCGUACGCUAUGAUCGCGAGAGAACUGAGGCCGNGUUUGUUUUACCACGAAAAGCAGAAUUUUUUAUUGGUUUUUACGAUCGUUAUCCUAUCGGCGUUUCUUUACCUGGUGGUCUACCACGGAUGGAUCACCAGCGCGUUAGUGGGAUUUGUGUAUCCGGCGUACGCUAUGAUCGCGAGAGAACUGAGGCCGCGGACGACCGUGAUGACCGAAAAGGGUGAUACUGUGACCGCAAAAACCAAAUGGCAGGUUUAUUGGACGGUCUUCGCAAUGGUUUUGAUUUUGGAAAGUCCAGUAAGCGCAUUUUUGAAUGCGAUUAAGCCGUUUUAUUAUUUGUUACGAAUGGUAUUUUUCGUAUGGUGCUUUGCACCGAUCGAAAACAACGGCACGGAAUUCGUGUACGGUUUCGUUGUAUGGCUGCUGAUGUGUUAUAAUCGUUUCGUGAAAGAUGCACCGUCAAACCACGUAGACCAAUAA